CAGAAGCAGGCAGUUGAAUCAUGAAUAUGCUCCCGGCCAUUGUUAUGUACACUUAAAACAUGAGAGCCUCUGGCCUCUUCAACGUUUUCUCACUUGGCUUUCACCUGAAGUCGGUACUAUUAUCAUCCAUAUUUUACACAGGAGGAAGUUGAGGCAUAAAAACGUUGAUUAACUUGCCAAGGGUGGCCGACAUGACGGCCGCGGAUCAGAGCCCCCUGGCACCGCUGUUGGAGACUUUGGAAGACCCUUCCGCCUCCCUUGGAGAGCAGACCGACGCUUACCUGACCCUGACCAGUCGUAUGACUGGAGAAGAUGGAAAAGAAAUCAUUACAGAAAUUGAGAAAAAACUUCCUCAGCUAUUUGAAGUUUUAAAGACUCACAUUGCCAGUCAAAACUCAGAGCUCAGUAGUGCUGCUCUACAGGCCUUGGGGUUUUGCUUAUAUAAUCCCAAAAUUGCCUCUGGAUUAUCAGAGAUAAAUAUUCAAGAACUGCUUUCAAAACUGAAUGAUAUUGUUAAAAGUUCAGAUAAAAAUGUACGUACUAGGGCACUUUGGGUGAUAUCCAAGCAGACGUUUCCCACUGAAGUUGUUGGCAAAGUAGUUUCUAGUAUAAUUGACUCAUUAGAAAUAGUAUUUAAUAGAGGAGAGAUGCAUUCUGCUGUUGUGGAUUAUGAAGCAUUAAAUGUCAUUAUAAGACUAAUUGAACAAGCCCCAGUUCAAAUGGGAGAAGAGUCAAUUAGGUGGGCAAAAUUGGUCAUACCUUUACUGGUUCAUUCAGCCCAAAAAGUACAUUUGCGGGGAGCCACUGCUUUAGAGAUGGGAAUGCCUUUGUUGCUUCAGAAACAGCAAGAAAUAGCAUCUAUCACAGAGCAGCUUAUGACUACCAAAUUACUUUCAGAACUCCAGAAACUGUUUAUGAGUAAAAAUGAGACUUACGUGUUAAAAUUAUGGCCUUUAUUUGUCAAACUUCUUGGGAAGACCUUGCAUCGAAGUGGGAGUUUCAUUAAUUCUCUAUUACAGCUAGAAGAACUGGGAUUUCGUAGUGGAGCACCCAUGAUUAAAAAAAUAGCUUUUAUUGCUUGGAAGAGUUUAAUAGAUAAUUUUGCUUUAAAUCCAGAAAUACUAUGUAGUGCAAAAAGACUGAAGUUGUUGAUGCAGCCUUUGAGUUCUAUCCAUGUGAGAACAGAAACUCUAGCGCUGACAAAACUAGAAGUCUGGUGGUAUUUGUUGAUGAGACUAGGACCUCAUCUUCCUGCUAAUUUUGAACAGGUUUGUGUGCCUCUGAUUCAAAGCACAAUAAGCAUUGAUUCUAAUGCUUCACCUCAAGGGAAUUCAUCUCGUGUAGCUACUACUCCAGGUUUAAGCCCUAUGACCCCAAUACACAAAGGUGCUUCUCCAUAUGGAACUCCUGUAACCCCUCGGAUGAACUUGAAUUCAAAUUUUGGAAUGGCCACAAUCCCCUCUAUACAACUUUUGAGGCUUGAAAUGUUGCUUCAUUUUUUGUUGGGUCCAGAAGUCGUGAGUUUUGCUAAGCAAAACAAACUUAUACUGAGCCUAGAACCACUUGAACAUCCAUUAAUCAGCAGCUCUUCUUUUUUCUCCAAACACUCAAAUACACUUAUCACUGCUGUUCAUGAUAGCUUUGUUGCAGUUGGAAAAGAUGCUUCUGAUGUAGUUAUUAAUGCUAUUUGGAAGGAGUUAAUUAGCUUGGUGAAGUCAGUUAUUGAAUCAGGUAACAAAAAAGAGAGACCAGGUUCUGAAGUUUUGACUCUCUUAUUAAAAUCUUUGGAAAGCAUAGUGAAUUCAGAAGUAUUUCCUGUAUUGAAAACACUGGUUCUCAUGGAAAUUACAAUUAAAGGACUUCCUCAGAAAGUAUUAGGUUCUCCAGCAUAUCAGGUUGCUAAUAUGGAUAUUCUUAAUGGAACCCCUGCUUUGUUCUUAGUUCAGUUAAUUUUCAAUAAUAAUCUAUUGGAAUGUGGUGUGGAAGACGAAAGGUUUUUUCUCAACCUGGAAACACUUGUGGGCUGUGUUCUUUCUGGUCCAACUUCACCACUAGCUUUCAGUGACUCUGUCUUAAAUGUUGUCAAUCAAAAUGCAAAGCAGUUGGCCAACAAGGAGCAUCUUUGGAGAAUGUGGAGUAUUAUAGUCACCCCAUUAACAGAAUUGAUUAAUCAGACCAAUGAAGUGAAUCAAGGGGAUGCCUUAGAACAUAAUUUUAGUGCUAUCUAUGGUGCACUGAUUUUGCCAAUAAACCAUAUUUUUCCAGCACAAAAAAUUCCAAUGGUCACCAUGAAGACCUUACUUAAAACUUGGUCAGAAUUAUAUAGAGCAUUUGCUCGCUGUGCAGCUUUGGUGGCAACUGCGGAAGAGAAUUUAUGCUGUGAGGAACUUUGUUCCAAGAUAAUGUCCAGUUUGGAAGAUGAAGGCCUUUCAAAUUUAUUGUUCUUGGAUAGGAUCACUCAUAUUAUUACUGUAAUGGUUGAUUGCAUCGACUUUUCACCAUAUAAUAUUAAAUAUCAACCCAAAACUAAAUCACCACAGAGACCUACAGAUUGGUCCAAAAAGAAGAAGGAACCUUUAGGGAAGUUGGCUUCUUUAAUUAAACUUAUUGUGAGAGUGAUCUAUUCUUUUCACACACUGAGCCUCAAGGAAGUACAUUCUGAUACUCUCCUCACUAUUGGCAACUCAAUCACCAGCAUUCUUUCCAAUGUAUUUGGACGUAUUUCUCUGCCUUCUAUGAUCCGGAAAAUAUUUGCAGCUUUAACAAGACCUCUGGCAUUAUUUUAUGAAAACUCAAAGCUUGAUGAAGUUCCUAAAGUGUAUAGUUGUAUGAACAACAAGUUAGAAAAGCUACUAGGAGAAAUUAUUGCUUGUCUACAUGUCAGCUACACUGGAACUUAUGACAGUGAACUUCUUGAACAGAUCUCGCCAUUAUUAUGCAUAAUAUUUUCACACAAGAACAAACAGAUAAGAAAACAAAGUGCUCAGUUCUGGAAUGCCACAUUUGCUAAAGUGACGAUGUUGAUUUAUCCUGAGGAGUUAAAGCCAAUACUAAAACAAGCCAAACAAAAAUCUCUGCUUUUAUUGCCUGGUUUGGAAAAUGUUGAAAUUAUGGAGGAAUCCAGUGGACCAUAUUCAGAUAUGACAGAAAAUUCCCAAUUAAAUAUGAAGAUAAGUGGCAUGGAAAGAAAAUCAAGUGGAAAAAGAGACUCUUUUUUGGCACAAACAAAGGAUACAAAAGACAGUAUGAAACCACCAGCUAAAUUGCAGCUAGAGUCUUCAACUCCAAAAGCAAAGAGUGAAAUGCCUUUAGAAGAAGAAAAGUCUACUGACUUUGUGUUUAUACCUCCAGAAGUAAAAGAAACAAAGGAAAGAAUACUAACUGAACACCAGAAAGAAGUACUCAAAACAAAGAGGUGUGAUAUUCCUGCCAUGUAUAAUAAUCUGGAUGUUUCACAAGAUACUUUAUUUUCUCAGUAUAGUCAGGAAGAAUCUAUGGAAAUAUCUACUUUAAUUGAAAAAUCAAAAGAAGACUCCAAGAUGAUAUUUAAGGAGGAACAAAAGGAGAAUGACAUUGUCGUUCCUCAACAUGUCAUGGAAAACUGCGGUAUGGAUGAACAUCUUGAAAAGGCUUCCCUUUUGAAUAAUGAGUGUGGUUCUAUUGAGGAAACCAGUCCAAAAAUACUGAGCAGUAAUAAUGAUGCCAGGAAAAAAGCUUUAAUUGCUUCAAGUAAACCAACAGAAUGUGCAUCUACUACAGAAAAUCCAUCUGGUGUCAGCAGUAGCUCGGUUUCUAAUGCCACCAUUUCUGGAGCUCCCCUACAGCCUACAAGUCGAAGGCAAUCCUUUAUUACUUUGGAAAAGUUUGAUGGUUCAGAAAAUAGACCUUUUAGUCCGUCACCCUUGAAUAAUAUGUCGUCAACUGUAAUAGUGAAAAGUAACCAGGAAGGCAUGGCUAAAACAGAUAACCCAUCAAAAGCAAAGAAAAGAGAAGUGGCUCUUCCCAAAUCUGAUUCUGAAAAAAUAACACAUGGGACUAAGAGAUCAAGCCGAAGGUUGAGUAAAUCUGAACCAAUAGGGAGUAAAAAGUCUAAACCCUUAAUGAGAUCUGAACAAGAGAAAAGUACUCAAGAAUCUGUUGAUGGCACAAUAGCCUUAGAAAAUAACCCACCUGGCUUGCUUAAUCAGACAGAAUGUGUGUUAGAUAAUCAGGUUCAUCUCUCUGAAUCUACAGUGGAGUAUGAGGAUACAAUGCUUGAAUCAACAGUGGAGAAUACUGUAUUAGAAAACAAUACUGUAGAAGAGAGAACCUUAGAAAUUAACUUGGAAUCCAAAGAAAACACACCCCCAGCCAUAAUAACGGAUCAGACAGUAAAUGAGGAUAGUCAUAUUCAGGUAACUCCAAAUCAGAAAACUCUUAGGCGAUCUUUAAGGCGACGUUCAGAAACAGCAGAACCAACCACUGAUAGCCAAGAUAAAGAAAAUAAUCAUCAAAAAAGAGAAAAGACUCCGCAGAAGAGUCCGUUACAUGUAAAAGAUGAUGUUUUACCUAAGCAAAAAUUGUUUUCUGAACAAAGUGUACAGGAAAACUUAGUUGACAAAGGAAAUAAUUUACAUGAGAAGGCUUUUGGGGAGACCAGUGCUAAUGCUGAAAUUGAUGAAAAUAGAAGAAAGCCAGAUCUUGAGAAUACUAAAUCUGAAGGAGAUGGUGUGCAGGACAUGGCAGAUAAAUCCUCUGAGAAACCAGUAAGGGGACGAACACGAUACCAAACGAGAAGAGCAUCCCAGGGUUUACUUUCCAGCAUUGAAAACUCAGAAUCUGAUAGUUCUGAGGCAAAAGAAGAAGGUUCUAAAAAGAAAAGAUCUGGAAAAUGGAAGAACAAAAGCAGCGACAAUGUUGACAUUGAAGAUCAAGAAGAGAAAAUGGUAAAACAGGAAUGUAUAAAAGUUGAAAAUCAGGCACAUGAUUAUAAAGAGAAUCCUGAAGUAGACAAAGAUAUAAAAUCUCAAAUCGGUGAAAAAGGAGAUGAAAGUAAUACUGUAACUCUUCAAGAUUCUACCGUAUCUCCAGAUUUAUUACAAGUUUAUGAUGAUGUAUUGAGUACUUCUGAGGGAAAAAGUAAAAGUAACAAAGAUGCAGACCAUUCCUUUUCAAAUCCUUCUGUGCCAGAAUCAAAUCUAAGGACUAGAAAUGCCAAUAAGAGGUUACAUAAGCGGGAUUCUAUAGAAAAUAGCAUGGGGGAAUCCUCAAAAAUAGGGACAUCAGACAUUCCUUUGCUUUCUGAAAAAACUCUUCAGACAGUAGAAUGCCAGCACAAGAGAAGUAGGAGGGUGAGGCGAUCUAAAGGUUGUGAUUGUUGUGGAGAAAAAUCACAGUCUCAGGAAAAGUCAUUUAUUGGGUUAAAGGAUACAGAAAAUUACGAUGUAAAAGUCAAUGAAACAAAAAAGACAGAUGGGGAAACACCUGUAUCUAUUUCAGAAACUUCGAAAGCUGAUCUGUCCUCGGAGGUUAAACUUUUAGAUGAGCAUCAUAGUGUGAAUUUCCAUUUGGAUCUCAAGGAGGAGAAUGAUACUACUAAUGAUUCAUUAAUUAUAUCUGAAACUGAGUUAAAAGAAAAUACUACUCAAAGCUUUCUUCCUUCUGAAAUGGUAAAAUUUAAAGAAACUUCUCGUAGGGAUUCUGAGGAAGCAAUAUCUCUAGAAACCCAGGAGCCAUCUAAUAAGAAAUGUAAAACUGUUGACCCACAUUUAGAUGUUUCCAAAGAUAUUUCACUGAAAUGUUUUUCUUUGGAGACCAAAGAAGAAAAGUCAGAGGCCGCUCCGAAAGAGGAAUUGAGUACAGAGAACAUUGUUAUUGUUGAAUCAAAUGCAGAAUCAAAUCCUGAAGAAGUAGAUGCUAUGGAAUUGAAUGUAGAAAAUGAUCAGUCUGAAGCUGGCUUCUCUGAACAAAAGAAUGUCAAAACUAGUAUUUCAGGGAAAGAAGUAACAGAGGAAAACAGUGAAAGAAUGGAUACACCUGAAAAACUGAAAGCCAAUGAAGCAGUAACUGAGGAAUUUAAUUUAGCUACUGAUUAUUUGGAUACUCGGACACCUGUAAAAGUGAAUGCUCAGGUAGAGAUCUCUGAACAAAUAGCGGUUGGGGAGCUAGGCAGAGGAAGUGAUGAAUCUGAUCCAGGCUCAUCUGAAGAAAUGAACGCUGAAAUGAAAAAUUGUGAAAGAACAGCGGUUGGUGAGGUGACUACUGAAUCCGACCACGUCACUGAAACAGAAGACGAAGAUUUAACUACCACAGCUUCUCUGCCUAUAGAAGCUGAAACAAAGGAGUUAGAUGUAGAAGUCGAUCGCUUUGUUCCCGACACACUUGAGAUGAUCACUGAAGAAGGAAAGGUUGACCCUAACAAAACUGAAACGAAUACUGAACCUAAUAAAUUGGAGGAAACACAGUUAGAUGACAAUCAGAUGGUAGUGGAAAGUAAUGAAACUUUACUGGAAGUUCACCAUACUUCAGAGAAAGUAGAGGAGAUAGCACAACCUCUGACAUCUGAAACAGGUAUUUCUGGACUUAUAUCAGAAGACAGUAAUACAUCUCCUCAAAAAUUAAAGGAUAUUGAUCCUUUACUCAUGUCAGCAAACGAGAGUCCUAGUGGCAUGCACACACGUUGUGUGUGGUCUCCUUUGGCUUCUCCAUCCACCAGCAUUUUAAAGAGAGGACUAAAAAGACCCCAAGAAGAUGAAAUCUCGUCACCUGUCCACAAGGUUCGCCGUGUCUCCUUUGCAGAUCCUAUAUACCAAGCAGGAUUGGCAGAUGACAUUGAUAGGCGAUGCUCUAUUGUUAGGUGCCAUUCUUCAAAUAGUUCUCUCAUGGUAAAAAGUGUUAAAACUUCACCUACUGUGCAAUCUAAGCAUAAUACCACUUCAGCCAAAGGAUUUCUGUCCCCAGGAUCACGUAGCUCUAAAUUUAAGAGCUCAAAGAAGUGUUUAAUUGCAGAAAUGGCUAAGGAAUCGGUGCCAUGCCCAACAGAAAGUGUUUACCCUGCUUUGGUGAACUGUGUAGCACCAGUUGAAAUCAUCUUACCUCAGAUUACAUCCAACAUGUGGGCAAGAGGACUGGGACAGCUCAUUAGAGCCAAGAAUAUAAAAACAAUUGGCGAUUUGAGUACCCUUACAGCAUCUGAAAUAAAAACUCUUCCUAUCCGUUCUCCAAAAGUGUCUAAUGUAAAAAAGGCUCUCAGAAUAUAUCAUGAGCAGCAGGUGAAGUCUCGUGGACUAGAAGAGAUUCCAGUUUUUGAUAUUUCUGAAAAAACAAUAAAUGGAAUGGAAAAUAAAUCUAUCUCUCCUGAUGAAGAAAGACUUGCCUCAGAUUUAAUCGAUCCUGUUGCUUUAGAAGCUCCGUUAUCUAAAAAUCUUGUGGCACAGAUUAGUGCACUUGCUCUUCAACUAGAUUCAGAAGAUCUCUAUAAUUAUUCAGGAAGCCAGCUAUUUGAAAUGCACGAGAAACUUGGUAGCAUGGCAAACUCUAUAAUUAAAAAUCUGCAGUCACGUUGGAGGUCACCAGCCCAUGAAAAUUCUUUUUAGUGUUUUAAGAGAAAAUUGAAUUUUUUUUUUUUAAAUCACUGGAUUUGUUGACUCAUAAAGUAAGUUCUGAAAUAUAGCACAAUUUCGGACUGAAUGUUUGCAAAGUUGGUAAUUUCAAAUGCUAAAGAACAGUAGCUUAUUAAGUUAAUUUUGUGAGUGAGAGCAAUCUUUCCUGUAUAACAUAUUUUCUUGGCUGCUAUGCAUAGUUUUUCCAGAACUUAAAGUAGUUUACUGAAAUGUGAAAGCAGAAACUACAAGCAAAAGCAUAAAUUUUGUUUUACGUAUUCAUGCAUAUUUUAAUGAAACAUUUUAUGUAAUAUACCUCUUCUAAGUAAGAAAAACUGAAAUUUUUUAUUUGAAGUUUUUGCUUAACUGAUAAGAUGUUUAUACUUUCUUUUUUUUUUUUGGUGCUUGAGGUUUAAGAAAUAUGUUCUUGGUAAAACACCCCAAAUGAGAGGCAAAAGAAUUUUUUGGAAUGUUUUUCACAGACAGAGCAGCUUCAUUUGGACAGCUUUCAAGAAAAAUAAUCAAAAGUUUCAACUUUAGGGGUUAAAUAUUAAAGCAGAAUUUAGUGAUUCCAUUCAUUUGCAUUAGCAAAUACUUGUGCAGCAGCAUUUGCCUGUGAAAAUAUACUCUUAUGAGAUACAUACUAUUCAUUUAAAAAUGCACGACUGUUUGUACAUUAUGUAUAAUUAAGUCUUUAAUUUAUAAAUUUCAGUCUUCGUUAGUUGCAUGAGUUUUUCUGUAGCCUCUUGUGAAUACCUUUGUUUAAUAGAAACAUAAUUUUGUAUAUAUUGAAUACUGAGAUAUCAGUAUGGAUAAUAGACGUGCUUCGUGGAAUUGCUGCAGAUAUUUGUAGGAUUCUGUAUCUACAAAUAAAACAACAAAAAGUUUUGUACUUAGUUAAUAGUUAAACAUGAGUUUAUUUUCUAAAGUAAGCAGAACAAGUACUAGAAAUGAGAAAGUGUUACAUGACAACCUUGCUGUUCAUUCCCAUAACCUUUUUUUUCCCCCUUUUGGUUUGAAAGAGGGGAUUAGCCACUAGAAAUAGUGCCUCGUUAACAUUUCUCUUUAAUGGGGAGUUAGCUUGAGUAUUUUCAUUAUAACUUGGAUCAUAAGAAACCUAGAGCUUAUCUGCUCUUUCCACCUAUACCUAAAGCAAACUUGGGAGAAAUCUGAAAACUGUUCUUUAAAAUAUGUAUGUUUUAUUGAGUUAAAAAAAAUAGGGUGUAUGUAAUUAAAACAUUUCUAGUUUUACCAACUGGUA